AUGAAUAAAACAGCUGGAUUGUUACAAUGGUGUCAAAGAUCUACUAGUGGUUAUGAAGGUGUUGAUGUAAAAAAUUUUACAACAUCAUGGAAAGAUGGAAAAGCAUUUUGUGCUCUUGUUCAUCACUUUAAACCAGAACUUAUUAAUUUUGAAAAGUGUAAAACACAAACCCAACAAGAAAAUUUAGAAAUGGCUUUUGCUGCAGCUGAAAAAGCUGGUGCUCCAAGGAUGAUGGAUGUUGAAGAUUUUGAUAUGGAUGUCCCAGAUAAGUUAAGUGUUAUUACAUGUAUUGGUGUAUUACAACAAUACUUAGAUACUACUCCAUCUACAGAACAACCACAUCCUGCUAAAGAACAAAAAGAAAAAGUACAAUAUACUCUCUACUCAUCUGCAACUCAUUCUCCUCCUGUUAAAUCAAAAUCACCAUCUAUUUCAAAUGAUAUUCAAAACCAUUCUGUACCUCAAAGAAGAUCAACAGUUGCAUCUACUUCUGAUGCUGCAAAAAAAGCACAACUUAGUCUUUGUUCUUCUUGUGGAAAACCUAUCAUUGGUAGUGUUGCAUUAGAAGUUAAAGGGAAAAAAUAUCAUAAACAAUGUUUCUUCUGUUCUAGAUGCAAAAAUGUAUUAGAUGAAAAGUCUUUUGUAUCUAUUGAUGAUGCAAAUUAUUGUCUUGUAUGUGGUAAACAAGUCUUUUUUGAAAACAAAAAGAAAAAAGAAGAAGAAAAAAUGAGUAGUAGUGAACAUCCUUUGAAUUCAACUCAUGACCAAAUACAGUCAACUCCAAGUGCCAAUAAUCCAAUUUCAUCUCCAACUAAUGAUUUAGAAAUUAAAAAAGAAAAGAAACCUGUUCAAUCUUCUGGUAAUUGGAGACAGAAGAGUGAAGAAGCAAAGAAAUUACAACAAGAGAAGGAAGAAAAAGAAAGAAAAUUAAAAGAAGAAAAAAUUAAAAAAAUGAUGGCAUUAAGAAAAUCAGCUCAGUCUCAAAGUCCUGAUAUUUCUGUUCUCAACCAAACAUCUUCUAACAAUAGUACUUCACCUGUUCCUGAACGUCAAACAACAACUAAUAAUCUUACUACUUCAUCGAUAAAAAUUAGAAAUGGAGGUAAUGAGGAAGAUGUAGUAAAAAGUAAUGACAAUGUACCAAAAAUUGGAUUAAGAACAAGUAUUGGAAAAACAACAAUUCUUGAACGUAAAUCUUUUGAAAAUCAAAAUUCAUACAGAAAUUCUCUUACUAAACCAUCAAAUGAUAAUUCACCUUCACCAUCAUCAUCUCCUAAUUUCAUUGAUCCAAAUGAUGAUGAGUGGGUUUCUGGAAAUACAAUUAAAAGAAGAUCAGAAUCACCACGUCCUAUUCUUUCAGAUGCUGAAGAUGAAGAUAUAGCACCUCGUUCACAUACUGUUAAAAUUGAUUUACCAAAACCAAUAUUAGCAACAUGGCAAUUUUAUGUUGUUUUAUUUACAAUUAUUGGAGUAAUGACAAUUGCAUUUUAUGCUUUUUUUAAGUAA